UGCAUGAAGAUAAAGACAUCAUGGAUAAUUAUGAAAUCAUAAAAGAAAUUGGGGAAGGAUCAUUUGGCAAAGUAUUCUUGGCAAAAGGAAAAAUAAAUAAAGAGCAAUGUGUUAUAAAAGAGAUCAGUCUAACUAAGAUGCCUGUGAAAGAAAAAGCAGCCUCUCAGAAAGAAGUCAUUCUUCUGGCCAAGAUGAAGCAUGCAAAUAUAGUAACCUUCUACACUUCUUUGCAAGAUGAAAACAAGCUAUACAUUGUGAUGGAAUACUGUGAUGGUGGAGAUUUAAGGACGCGGAUAAACAUGCAGCAGGGAGUGCUUUUUGACGAGGACCAGAUUCUGAGCUGGUUUGUGCAGAUCGCCUUGGGAUUGAAGCAUAUUCAUGACAGGAAGAUUUUACACAGAGAUGUAAAAGCGCAGAACAUUUUUCUUAGCAAGAAGGGAAAAGUAGUGAAGCUUGGGGACUUUGGCGUAGCAAGAGAGUUGAACAACACUCUGGAGCUUGCCUAUUCCUGUGUAGGAACCCCCUAUUAUCUGUCACCUGAAAUCUGUGAGAAUCGACCCUAUAACAAUAAAACAGAUAUUUGGUCUCUUGGCUGUGUUCUCUAUGAACUAUGUGCCCUGAAGCAUCCUUUUGAAGGCAAUAGUUUGCACCAGCUGGUGCUGAAGAUCUGCAGAGGACAUUUUCAGCCUGUGUCUCCCAACUAUUCUUAUGAUCUGAGGAUAUUAAUUUCCCAAUUGUUUAAAAUAUCUCCAAGAGAUCGACCAUCCAUCAAUUCUGUUUUAAGGAAGCCCUUUUUGGAGAAGCUCGUUGUCAGAUAUUUGCCCCCUGAGAUAAUGCAAGAAGAAUUCAGUCACACUGUGAUACACAGAAAAAGACCAUCAGCAUUGCAGCCUGGAGAGAAGUUGAUGCAAGCACAUAAACUUCAGAAAACGAGAGCCCAGGAAGAAGUUCCUCCGGAAUGCGAGCUGGUCGUACCUGUCAAGAAACAGGAAUUGUUUCAAAGAAAUCAAUGGAAACCUUCAAGAGAGCAACAGCCUAUUUUUCGGCUACAGAGUUCCAGCAUCAAAGUGGCAGAAAGGCCAGAAAGUAUGAGAGUACACGGGCGUUACGGUCAUUACUACGAUAAACUUGACAACUUGCAGAGAAAAACUAAUGCACAGUAUGACCUUUCUCACGUCAGCCAAAGACUUGAGGAAUACUAUAAGCUGAAGGGACAAGUGGCACCCUCACCCCCGCCAGCUGACUGGCCUGCAGAUUAUCUUCAAAGGCGUCUUGAAGCCCAGCAGUACAAGGUUAAAGUGGAAAAGCAGUUGGGACUGCGGCCAUCCUCUGCUGAUCCGUGUCAUGACCAAAUACAGCAGCAGGAAAUAAAGGAAGAGCAUCUCAAAGGUCAUCAGCUGGACUUACCUAGAAAGAAUGAAAUGAAAGAGCAGAAUUACCUGAAAUAAUUAGAAAGGAUUCGCAAAGAAUACCAAAAUGACCUAAAAGAGCUCAGAUUCAGGGCAGGCAUAGUCCAGGAGAAUCCAAAAAUACAAGAUAAAACCUAUCUUGUGAAGCAAGGGAAAGCUGAGGAGUGGCUUGAAACCAAGGACACAUCUGGAACAAGAGAACAGUCAGUUCAGGAUGUGGAAGAAAACUUUAAACAAGUCAGACUCCAGGAUCUGCAGGAUCAAAUAGUCUUCAGAAAGAGACAUAACACAAAGGGAGGAGUAAAGUUCGAAAUUAAUUUAGACAAAUGUGUUCCUGAAGAAGUCGGCGUUCAAGGAGAGGUACUAGAUAAACUCAGUGAGACUUUAAGUUCUGUGGAUGGUGAGAAUCUUAAGGAGAAAUUGGUGGAAGUCAAUGAAGAUCAUACAGACAGGGCUUUGGAAGAACUAGCUGGAUACCAAACAGAGCCCAGCGAUGUAGGUGAUGCCAAAGAAAACAGAAAAUGUUGGAAAGCUGGAGCCCCUCAGACACUCCUGAAUGUUUUAGCUGAUGCUCGUGUCACAUCUGUAUCCCCUACUAUGACUGAAAAUGAACUUGCUGACCAUGUUAUUAUGCCUGAGGACAUCGCAGAAGACAGGAAGCAAUGGAAAAAAGCAGCACCAGGGACACUCCUAAACAUAUUAGCAAAAACAGAACUGUGUAAUGACUCCUUUAAUCAGCUUGAAGAGGAAAUAGAAAACAAGGAAGAUGGUUCAGAAAAAUACUCUGCUGUUGACGUUGCCGGAGGGAGACUUGAGCCAAGAUCAGAUGAUGAUGACACAAAUUUUGAAGAUUCUGAAGAUGAACUGAGACAUGGGCUGGAAGGAUCUCUGGAAGAAGAGCCAACUUCUCCAGCAGAGAGAACCAUAGAGGAUCCCAUCAUUUCCACAAAUCAAGGUCAAACAGAUGAAGAAAAGAUGAGUUUACCUAGCAAAUUACUUACAGACUCUGGGAGUACUUAA